AUUGGGACGUGCGGGGUUCAGGCUGUGUGCUGGGGAGCCUUAGCUGAGAGAAUAGGCAAGUUUUGAUAGUCAGUGUUUGGUAUGAAUUAGCAGACCAGGGUGUAGUCUGAUGAGGUCAUUAAUACUUUGGCGUUGGGCAAGGUAAAUAUGGAAUCAACAAAACAUCUUGGUGAAGAGCUCAGAAAGACUUGGCAGGUGAUUUUUGGCUAGAGGUUUUGUCACAGGCUGUGCCUUUGGAGUGCAGAAACUGCACUGGCUGGAGCUGUGGUCCAGAGCUGCCCUCCAAGGAAGGUAGCAAGGGAUGGUGAUACUUCACUAGCCAGUGUAGAUGGGAAAAAUUACAUCAUGGGGCCAGUUCAGGUGAGGGAUGACAGACCUCAGUAUGCUUAAAAAGAGAAUUGGCAGAAUCCAAUUACAGCCUAGGUGUGUCCUGUCCUGAUUCCAUCACAGGCCUAAGCAGCACUGGAUCAGCUGUCUGAUCAGUUUUGGUCAGACUAGAGUCUAGCAGGAUGGUAAGAUGUUCUUACAAUCUUCAGCGCAAGAGAAAAUAACGGUGGUGUUUUAAUCAUGCUGAGGGACAACCAUGGUGUAAUUGGGUCUCGUCACACAGCUACUUCUGUAACACAGACAGGAUCUUAGCUGAAGAUAUAUCAAGAAUCUCAAGGAGUUAAAGCCUGGGGUGAAUUGCAGCAGGCAGUAGGUCCUCAACAGGGGAUUUAGCAAGUGCAUAAGUCAGGGAUUUGAAGAAGAGCUGUUGCUGCUUUGCUUUGGAGGAGGGAAUACAGCAGGUGACUCUGCAGCUGGGAGAAGCUGCAGAGGUAUCAGGGAAGAAACCAGCCAAGGAGGAUGUGGCAAGCAGUAGCUCUAGAGAAAGUAUUUUCUGCUUGGGACCUGGAUGAGAGCAUGGAAAUAGAAACUGGGCUCAGACUAGUUACGAGGAAGGAGUGGGAGCUCAGACAGCCUUCAAAGUACCAGCAGCAUGAUGAUGGGUGCAAAUGAGUGGGAGGGAGACUGUGGCAGGUGAGGAAGCUCUCUCUCAUUAAGGAGAACUUAAUAAAAGCCUCUGUGAAACCUAGCAGUUCCCCUGCCUUUCCUCUGGUGAAACUUUCCUGGCUGGUUGGAGAUAACCCUGUGCCCAAGCUGAUUCAGCAGAUCUGUUAGUCAUUGCAGACUGAACCAGAACUGAGCGCGCGGUUAGAGACAGGAAAACAAACUGAACCCGCUGUUCUGCCUUGAACUGCUCUGCCAUACCAGCCUGUAGUGAAAUCCUGCGAUGAACACUGAUGCCAAGAGAAAUCUCUGCCGCUCUGCGAAGAGGCUAACAGAAAGCUGAAAACCCCCUUCCCCUUUGUCCUAAAUGCCCAAAAAACAAAACAAAAGAAGAACCUACUACGAUGUCGAAUGCAUCUUCAUCCAGUUUAACCUAUGUAUGUUGCAAGAAAAGCCUCCUUCUCUAUGAGCACUGCUGAGUCCGAUGGCAAAGGCCAGCCUGUACCUUGGUGCCUGGCGGGGAUGGUGAGGAUGCACUGCUGUGGUGGGUGGUGCCCAGAGCAGCACGGUGGUCAGCUGUUCCUCUGACAGGGAUGCAGGGGAGAAGCUGAAAUGCGGCGCUGGUGCUGGGGUCUCCACGCUGUCGCCCCCAGCAUCGCGGGGCCGAGGGAGGAAGAUGGCGCCGGCGGCGAUUCCCCUCGGUUGCCCCGCGAGGCCGUGGCGGGAAGGGGUGGGGGGGGAGGGCGUCGCCUCGCGCCCGCCCCUCGCGUGCCCUCCCUCCCUUCCCCUCCCUCCCUCGCGCGGCGCCGCCAUCUUGCAAGCGGACAACCAGAGGGGCUGAGCUCCGCUGCUGCCUCUGCCUCUCCCCUUCCCCUCCGGCCGGGCUGCCUUCUCCCGGGGCCGGGGGCCGGAGCCGGCAGGGUUGCGCCGCCUGAGGAAGGGGCUUCGUCGCCCUCCCUUCUGGGGCGCUGUGGGAGGGGGGCCCUCUCCUGGGCCGCCCCUCUCCUCAGUGACCAGGAGCUCCUCGCCGUCCGCCAGCCCUACAGGUGAAGGGAAGCGGCGUACUCUCUUCUACGCUGGGGGCUGCGGCGUGCCCAGGCCUCUCCCCUGAGAGGAGGAAAGGGAUCCUCAGGUACCCUGGGAUGCCUGGGCGGGCUUCCCCUCCCAGGGCGUGUGUCACUCACCUGGAGGAGCUGAAGGACUUGUAGGGAGGGGUGGGGUGGAAGGGUCGACCCUCUGCCGUUUAGCCCAGGGGGAUGGGUUGAAGGGGAGGGCUCUUCGGGGGCUGGGGAAACACCCCCUACGCACACCAUGGGGAGAUGGGUGAGAGGGUUCAGUUUUCCAGCCCGUGGGGAUCAAUUCUUCACUGUCGUGGUUAUCCCAGACAGUUACUCCUGCCUCUGUUGCUUUAUGUGUGAACAUGCUCAAUUUGUGGUGUAACAACAGUGGGAGUAGGGCCUUGUGUACCCAGUCCAGUAAUUGUUGUGUUCAUCGUGAUGUGUCUGUGUAGUUGUAUGCAGCCCAAAAGAAAGAGGAGGAGUUUGUGGGCUGCAGCCUGCUCUGUGGUGUGUGUACUCUGCCAAAUUUGAUGCACGUUUGUAAGGUUUGUCCACCUCAGGCCAGAGGGUUAUGGUCCCAUCUACCCUCGUAGAGUCAGGUCUUUACAUGUCUAAUAAAGUUUUGUGCUGUCAUCCCAACACCUGUUUCAAGGUUGAUACAUCAGUAUAACUCCACCAAUGCAAAUUCCUUCCCCACCCCACACACUGUAGCCCACUUGCUGCUGCUGAAGUACAUCUGCAAGAAAGUCAUUGACCUAUGGUUGUGUGAAGAGCUAUGUUCAGUGUUGCUUGUGAAUAUGUCACCAUGUGUAAAAUGCACCCCAAACAAUAAUCAGGAACCAACAACUCUUGUCUUUAAGCAGAUCUCUUAACUCUCCUCAUUUCCCUAAUCUAUGGAGGAAAGAAGGUAACACAAUUGGAAAAACACCCUGUGUUUUCAAAACACCAUGUGGACAUUUUUAGUAACAUCAAAAGUUGUCACACAAGCAGGGUGCUUUUGGGUGUUCUUCUGAGACCUAAAAGCGUUUCUAGUAAAUGCUCACUUUGCUGGGUUUAAGAUGUAUCUUUAGCACCGUUAUGCAUAUUUGACAGAUGAUGGCCAUUAGUUAACAGCUGGGAGUUACAGAGAGUAAGUGCGCAGCAGAACAAAGGAAGAAACACUAGCUAAGAAAUAGCUUUUUAAUUCUUAAAUUUUUGGGUACUUAGUUUGGGAGUGAUACAGGGAUAUAGUUGAGCUGUAACCAUACUGCCUUCUAGGAUUUAGGGUUUUUUUUAAUCUUAUUGUCUGAAAGCAAAGGCUGAAAGAGGUAGGGUCUUGCUUUGAUGGUAUAGGUUUUCAUUCACAGUAAUUGAGCGUAGCACAGCCUCUUCAUGAAGAGAUUUGUUGUUAGGAAGUUCCUGACUUGACUUUGGCUCAAUUAAGAGAGUGAAUCAGGUACAGUUUCUGUGAUGAGGUCAAACUGAGCAAGAGUAUGUCUAGUUGCAAAGGUAGGCUGGAUGAGUUUCUUUAUAGAGCUAGCCAGCUGUAAGUAGGAAAACUGUUGUUUUUCUUUUAGAUGCUAUUUUGGAGUACUUAACAGUUGAUAUACCACAAUUUUUUUGUAACAGAUACGUGUGACUAUUAGAUAAUUACAUUUCUCAGGAGGGAGAAGUUAUUGAUUUAUCCAGGAAAGAAGUUAUUGAUUUAUCCUAAUUUCUAUUUAUUUUGUUUUGAAUUAUGCCUCUUGUAUCUGAUAUUUUCAGUCCCUUAUGUAAUGCUAAAAUGGAUGAUGGAUUGAACUUUUUAUACAGCAGAAGUGAGGUGCUGUAGCCUAGGACUUUUUGAGUUGAAUGCUACUUUGGUUUAUCAGUGAUUGCUGGUCAAUGUGAUUUUUUUUUUCCCCCCUCCCCUUAUAUUUGAACAAAGUCUUAGAAGAAGUCAUGAAAAUGUGAUGUUACAUAGAAGAAUAAAAAGUGUCAAGAGUCCCAUCAAAUCUUUGGCAGGAUUAGUGGUUUGUGCCUUUAUUUGGAAAACAAAAUUGUAUAGAUUUCCUCUUGAUAUUUUUCUCCUGUUUUCACAGGAGAAAUAUUAGUAUCAAAGAAUGACAGCUGCUUCACCAAGUGGAUGCAUUGUGCAAGAGGUCAUUAUUUACAGCUACCAGCUUUAUUGAACUCUUCCUUACAUUUCAUCCUUAUUUUCUUUUAGAAGCGGAAAAACAACUUAGGUUUGAUGUUUUGUGUGCCAUCAACUGAAACUGGGGCCAUCAUGAAUAUAACCAAGGGUGGACUGGUGCUGUUUUCAGCUAAUUCAAAUUCGUCAUGCAUGGAACUAUCGAAGAGGAUUGCUGAGCGUUUAGGAGUUGAGAUGGGGAAGGUUCAGGUUUAUCAAGAGCCAAACAGAGAAACAAGAGUGCAGAUUCAGGAGUCUGUGAGAGGAAAGGAUGUAUUUAUCAUCCAAACAGUUUCAAAGGAUGUGAAUACUACAAUCAUGGAACUCCUGAUCAUGGUGUACGCUUGUAAAACCUCCUGUGCCAAAAGCAUUAUUGGAGUGAUUCCUUACUUCCCGUACAGCAAACAGUGCAAGAUGAGGAAAAGGGGCUCCAUUGUCUCCAAAUUACUGGCUUCAAUGAUGUGCAAAGCUGGACUAACUCAUCUUAUUACUAUGGAUUUACAUCAGAAGGAAAUACAGGGCUUCUUCAAUAUUCCAGUUGAUAACUUGAGAGCAUCUCCUUUUUUACUACAGUACAUCCAAGAAGAGAUACCAGACUACAGGAAUGCUGUAAUUGUGGCCAAAUCACCUGCGUCUGCAAAGAGGGCACAGUCAUUUGCUGAGCGCUUACGGUUGGGAAUUGCUGUGAUUCAUGGGGAAGCUCAAGAUGCCGAGUCUGACAUGGUGGAUGGUCGACACUCACCACCUACAGCCAAAAAUGUAGCUGCUAUUCAUCCCAGUUUGGAGAUACCCAUGCUGAUUCCCAAGGAAAAACCACCCAUCACAGUUGUUGGAGAUGUAGGAGGAAGAAUAGCUAUCAUUGUGGAUGACAUUAUAGAUGACGUUGACAGCUUUCUUGCUGCAGCUGAGACCCUCAAGGAAAGGGGGGCUUACAAGAUCUUUGUAAUGGCCACACAUGGCCUGUUAUCUUCAGAUGCUCCCAGGCUGAUAGAGGAAUCUGCAAUCGAUGAAGUGGUUGUUACAAACACAAUUCCCCAUGAAAUACAAAAACUCCAGUGCCCUAAAAUCAAGACUGUGGAUAUCAGCAUGAUCCUCUCAGAAGCCAUUCGCAGGAUCCAUAACGGGGAGUCCAUGUCGUACCUUUUCAGAAAUAUAGGACUGGAUGAUUAAUGCUUUUUAUUCCGAAGAAACACCCCGGGCCAAACUGGAAGCGAACAGAUAAUGAGCUGUGAAGCAUCAUGCUUACCUUAAUAUUUCUAUUGAGCCAUUUCUUGUUUUCUCUUGGUUUAAGUAUCAAGGUAGAACAAUUUUUAAAAGCUUUUUUUUUUUCUUUCUUUGCAGGGUUUUGGGUUUUUUUUUGGAGGGGUGGGUGGGGAAUAAACAUUCUACAAAAACCUGUUCUAGUUGCUUUUAGGUUAGUUGCACUAUAUACAUGAUGGAAAAAAACCCCACAAAACACUUGAGGCAAGAAUUUGGCUUCUAAAUUAAGCAUUCCUUUUCCAAAGCUGCUUGCUACAAGUGCUUUAAAAGAUAAUAAAAUGAAGUGACUGUAUAAUAUUUGCAUUUUAAAAGCCGAAAAGGUUGUACUGUUGUAUGCAGUUAAGUGAUUUUGUAGGAGUGCUUUUAUAGAAAAGCAUAUGAAAUAUACACCUGUAUUUAUUUUCUGCGACAAAGAAUAAAGAUUUGUUUUGUGUGAGCUUUCUAAAAA